AUGCCGAAGCUGUCCGGCACGGACGAUAUCCCUCUUGCCGAUGAUGAUGACAACAAUUCCAUCAUAGGUGGCAGUUGCAUUCCGCGGCCAGCUCAGCCUCUUCCAAGAGAGGAACCGGCCGAAGAUCCUGAAGAGAAAGCGCGUCUCAUCACUCAGGUUCUCGAGCUGCAGAAUACCCUCGAUGAUUUGAGUCAACGUGUGGACGCUGUGAAAGAAGAAAGUCUGAAAUUGCGUUCCGAGAAUCAAGUCUUGGGUCAGUAUAUACAGAAUUUGAUGGCGUCCUCAUCUGUGUUUCAGUCUUCAAAUAGCGGAGGAAAACAGUAG